AUGAGCGCCAUUCUGUCCGCCGACGACCUCAACGACUUUAUCAGUCCCGGCGUCGCCUGCAUCAAACCAGUCGAGACCCUGCCCGCGGCCCCGCCACCGCCCGCCGACGGCUCGCUCGAGCACGAGGUCAUCCUCGACGGCCAGCCCGGCGGCCCCGCCUCGUCGGGCCUGAAGCCCAACGCGCCCGCCGAAAUCUCCCUGACCGACUGCCUCGCCUGCUCCGGCUGUGUCACCUCGGCCGAGGCCGUGCUCGUCAGCCUACAGAGCCACACCGAAGUUCUCAAUACGCUCGACUUUGGCCCCUCGCUGCGCAUCGUUGGCCCCGACGAAAAGGGCCAGUUCCGCGUCGACGGCCUCGAGGAUGAGUCACGCAAGCUCUUCGUAGCGAGCGUCUCGCCGCAGACGAGAGCCAGCCUCGCCGCCGCCGCCGGCAGCGGCACCACCGAGCAGGAGGCGGGCCACAUGCUGGAGAGGCUGCUGCGCGGGCCCGAGGGCCUGGCAUCCGCAGGUCAGCACAACAACGGCUUCACCUGGGUCCUCGACACGAACGUCGCGCGCGAGGCGUGCCUCGUGCUCGGCGCCGACGAGGUCCUGGGCACCGACAAGGCGGCCGCAUCCUCCGACCCCAAGCCUACACUCACCUCAAACUGCCCCGGCUGGGUCUGCUACGCCGAGAAGACGCACCCGCACGUGCUCCCUCACAUCUCCAAGGUCAAGUCGCCGCAGGCCCUCAUGGGCACAUUGCUCAAGACGACGCUCAGCCGAAAACUCAACAUUCCACCGAGCCGCAUAUGGCACCUGGCAGUCAUGCCGUGCUUUGACAAAAAGUUGGAGGCUAGUCGCGAGGAGCUCACAGACUCUGUAUGGGCGGGCGACGGCAAGCCUGGCCGCGGCAUCCGCGACGUGGACUGCGUCAUUACCAGCAAAGAGGUCCUCAUGCUCGCCGACUCGCGCGGCUUCGACUUCUUCAGCCUGGCCCGUACCAACCCCUCACUUACGAGACAGCUGUUCCCCGACCCGCAGCUCGAUCGCUUCCUCUUCCCGCCGCAACCUGCACACCGAGACAAACCCAUUGCGGGGUCAUCGGGCGGCAACCUAUACUUUACGCUGCAGAGCGUUGUGUCCAAGAACCCUGGCUCUCAGAUCCAGGUGAUUCGAGGACGGAACGCCGACGUGACCGAAUACAUCGUCGCCAGCGGGGCAGGCGAACCAAUUUUCAAGGCGGCCCGGUUCUACGGGUUCCGCAACAUCCAGAACCUGGUGCGCAAGCUCAAGCCCGCCCGCCCAUCGCGCAUGCCCGGCGGGAAACCCUUCGGCAGCGCCAGGCGACCGACCGGCAAGACGGCGGGGCUCGAGUACACGUUCGUCGAGGUCAUGGCCUGCCCCGGCGGGUGCACCAACGGCGGCGGCCAGAUCAAGAUUGACGACCCGAUCGUCGUCGAGCGCAAGGGCCUGGCGAUCAAGCCCGGCCCGCAGGAGCAGAAGCAGUGGCUGGCAGAGGUGGACGAGGCCUACUUUUCCGCCGAGGAAGCGGACGACAGGGACGUCGUUUCCGGCUGCGACGUGCCGCGGCAGGACUUGGUGGACGGCAUUUCCCCUUCGCACAUUCGAGAUACCCUGGCGCAUUGGUCUGGCAUUACGGGCGUAGACUUGGAUAGAUUGGUCUUCACGACGUACCGCGAGGUCGUCAGCGACGUCGGCAAGGACAAGACGACCGACACGGAGCGCGUGGUGCAGCUCGCUGGCAAGAUUGGCGGUGGCUGGUGAGGAAGAACGGGAAAAAAGGAUUAGCUAGAGAGAGAGAGAGAGAGAGUAGAAGAAGGGGAUCAUGAAAUAUC